UUUGAAUCGUUGCCCUUCCUGUUCUCUGAUAACAACAGUGAUGGCGGCCGCUGCUGCUAGGCUUCUUAUCCGUGGUUCCCACCAAACACUUCCCAUCUCCAGUGUUGGAACCGGGAAGCAAAGCUGCAUUGGAAAUGCUUUACUGACGCUGUCUUCGGGCUGCAACUCCCGUUUAAAGACCCAGCGAAGACAUGCAGCUCACUUUACUUUCCAGCCCGACCCCGUCCCGACGCAAUAUGGUUCCACACAGAAGAUGAACUUGUUCCAGUCAAUUACAAGUGCCUUGGACAACACGCUCGCCAGUGAUCCGACAGCAGUCAUCUUUGGAGAAGAUGUUGCCUUUGGAGGAGUAUUCCGGUGCACUGUUGGCCUGAGAGACAAAUAUGGUAAAGACAGGGUCUUCAACACUCCUCUUUGUGAGCAGGGGAUUGUGGGAUUCGGCAUCGGUGCAGCUGUUGCUGGUGCAACAGCCAUUGCUGAGAUCCAGUUUGCCGACUACAUCUUUCCAGCGUUUGACCAGAUUGUAAAUGAAGCUGCUAAGUACCGCUACCGUUCUGGGAACCUGUUUGACUGCGGGAACCUCACCAUUCGGGCUCCAUGGGGCUGUGUUGGCCACGGUUCCUUGUACCAUUCUCAAAGCCCUGAAGCCUUUUUCGCCCACUGUCCUGGUAUUAAGAUUGUAAUACCUCGUGGUCCGACGCAGGCUAAAGGGCUGCUGCUUUCAUGCAUUGCUGAUAACAACCCAUGUAUAUUCUUUGAGCCCAAGAUUCUUUACAGAGCAGCAGUGGAGCAGGUUCCAGUCGACGCCUACACCAUCCCUCUCUCGCAAGCUGAGGUCCUACAGGAAGGAAGUGAUGUCACACUGGUUGCCUGGGGGACACAGAUCCAUGUGUUAAGGGAGGUGGCCAACAUGGCUCAAGAGAAACUUGGGGUUUCCUGUGAGGUCGUCGAUCUAAGGACCAUCCUGCCCUGGGAUACUGAAACUGUUUGCAAGUCGGUGGUGAAAACCGGCCGUUUGCUCAUCAGUCACGAAGCACCGGUUACAGGAGGGUUUGCUGCUGAAAUCAGCUCUACUGUACAGGAGGAAUGCUUCCUUAACCUGGAGGCCCCUAUCGCUAGAGUCUGCGGUUACGACACCCCCUUCCCUCACAUCUUUGAGCCCUUCUACAUCCCAGAUAAGUGGAAGUGCUUUGAGGCAAUCAAGAGGAUGAUCAACUACUGAAUCCCCUGUAAUGGCCAACUUCUGGUGGACCUGAACUCCAAACUCUCCAUCCAUCCAACCAGGAAAGAGCAGCCAGAAAAACGCUUUGUUGACCAUCCAAUAAAAACACACUAUCCAGAUGGCCUUCAUGUUCUGCUAUCCUCAGUUCAAAAGUCUGUUACCUUAUGUCCACACUGCAGAACCUUGCUGUUUUUGCAAAGGAGAGAGCCGAUCAACGGAAUCAGCAGUGAAAUGUAGGCUUUAGUUCUUAUAUAGUGUUGAAUUUAACAGCAGGGGAAACACGUUUGUUUUGAUACGUGACUGCCUUGUUUUGUGUGCUGUUACCCGCUAACCUUACCAACUAUUCUCUGAUCUGUUUAGUUUUAAAUGACAUGAAGUGUAUCCAUUAAAACGGUGUGAUUUUUAAUCAAAAUAAACUUAGACAUUUGUUCACAACA